CUAGGUAUACCGUCCCCCUAUGGGACGAAGUGCUCAUCGCUUAUGACAAACUUGCCUUGCAGUGGUCAUCAAGCAAAGCCUUGAAAAGGUUCCUCUCCAGCAAAACUUUUGCUCUUGGCCCUUUUCCUGAAAAUUGAAAUUAGCGCAUGGACCUGAUCGAAAGAAUGUUGUAGCUCAGGAGCAAAGCUUUUCUAAAGCUACAGCAUUGGUCCCAAGAACACCCCCAAGCGACAUGCGAAUACCGGCCUGCACCGGAGCAGACCAUCCUUCUAUGUGUAGAGGAUAGCAGCUGCAGAGUUACAUAAGGAGCUUUCAAAGCGCCGCCGGAAACUUUCUCAAGAAAGCUUCGGACUCACCACCAGAGGUCUUGAGAUUCUAAGAGCAGCAGGUCAAGCGAAGAGUAAGCUUGGAGAUUACUCAAACGGCUCCAGGAUCUUCAAUUUGGUGCGUUACUGCAGGUGUUCCCAAGCUCAGGGAUGAAAAGCACUUUUGGAAGUAGGAUAUCCCGUUAGGCCCCACUUCUGUUGGGGAGAUUGGAUUCCGGAUCAACAGCUUGCCGUAGAGAACUGAAGUGGUGAAAAGACAGGAAUGAGGACAGUGACAGAAGACUGAUGUAAAGAGCAAAAAGAAAGAGGGGGAUUAAGAAGAGGAGGGAAGGGAAAGAGACUCUUGAGAGACUCGCAAAACAAUGGCGCAGCGCCGGCUAGGUAGUCAGGUUGAGGAGCCAGACCUCGACCUAUAUGGCAUCCUCAACGUUCCAAAAGACGCGUCGGACGACGAACUUCUCAAGGCCUACCGCGGCCUGGCAAUGCUGUGUCAUCCUGACAAGGUCCCUGGAGGCUCAACCGCUCUAAAGGCGGUCGCAACAGAGCAGUUCAACCGAAUACGGGACGCAUACGAGACCCUCAGCGAUCCACAGAGGAGAGAGAUCUAUGACAUUUACGGGAAGAAGGGCCUUGCCUCGGGGAUGGACCUGGGGGAGCAUCUCGGAAUGAAGGACGAGAUGCGAAAGGCUUAUGAGCUGUAUCAAAUGCGGCAGAGCGAAAACAAGCUCCAGUCCCGGCUCAACCAGACGUCCACCCUGUUGACUAGCAUAGCCAUCAACGACUGGCGGAGGAGAGGCGUGCAACAACUGACAUCUUCCAUCAACUCCACUGUGACCGCCCCCAUCUCUCCCAAAGAUACGCUCAUCAUGGGUGGCAGCGUUGGCGUCAAGCGCGGGCACGGCGUGGCGAACCAGUUCCUGGUUUGGAAGCACCAGGCAGACUCCCGGUUCUCGUACGAAGCGGGGGCCGUGCUGGGCAUCCGACAGAUCCUGACGGGAACUACAACAAUGCAAUUGUCGAAGCACAUGACCGCCUCGCUGUCCGCGAACUACAACAUCAAGGACGGCUCGCUCUCGCAGACGUGCGCCUGGAGCCGCCAGCUGACGCCCAACGUCAGGGGUGACAUCGCGCUGACUUUGGGCCCCGACAUGGGCGUCGCCGUCGGCUGGAGCCGCGACGGGACCAAAAACUCGCUCCGAGGGGACCUUCGUAUGGGGACGGCGUUUGGGGUAGCGGGAAACUGGGUGCACCACUUUUCGGACAAGUCGUUUGGAAAGGUGUCCGCCAAGAUUGGAAUUACGGCGAUUGAGGUUGAGAUUGGGGCGCACCGAAUCCUGUCGGAACGGAGCUCGGGGGGCUUCUCGUGUACUGUGGGGGUACAGGGCGUGCUGUGGAAGAUUCGCUACACCCGAGGGGGGCAGAAGUUCAUCAUCCCAAUCCUGCUGUCCGACAAGCUGGAGCCGUUCACGAUCCUUGCCGCGCUGUGCCUCCCGCCGGCACUGUACGCUUUGGUUAGACACUACUACUUGAAGCCCGCGGCCAUCAAGCGCCGGAAACGGAAGACGCUCGCGGCUCGUCGGGCCAACGCACAACAGGUCCGCGAGUCCAUUGAGGCCGCGCGGGGGGUGCAGGACCUCAUGUCCGGGAGCGCCAGCCGGAAAAAAGCGAACGAGGAGAACCGGGCCAACCCGGGGCUGGUUAUCGUCGAAGCCGUGUACGGGUGUAUAAAGCCGCGCAAGAAACGACAGAACGGGGAAAGUGACCGGGGGAAGGAAGUUGAGGAGGAGGGGCAUGACGGACAAGACGAGGGCCUGCCGCCGCCGUUUUUGGACGUGACGACUCCGGUGCAGUUCUUGGUCGACGAUAGCGCGAUCAAGUUACACCCGGGCAUUCGAAAGGCGGGCUUGAUGGGCUUCUGCGACCCGUGUCCGGGUGAGGAGAAGGAAUUGCGGGUCAAGUAUAAGUGGCGGGGCAAUGUUCACGAAACGACGGUAGGAGAUAAGGAAGCGCUUUUCAUUCCUGACCGGCGGCAUAAAGUGACGGACUCCGAGAGCUGAGGUCCAGGUGGGGAAGCGCCGUGCUCUCUUCCCUGCAGCAGGUCAAGAUCCAGCACAUAGAGCCGGAUAAUGUAGGAACUAGAGCGGAAACAGAUCGUCAUAUAUCAAUGCCCGUUACAAGAUCGCGAUGGUCUUUUUCUAACGAAGUGAAUGGGGGGGUGCGGGGCGCAUGCUAGCUUCGACAUGCGGGUUCCCUCCAAUCAUCUCUUAGUCCC